AUGGAAGAAGACAAUCCAAAUACGAUCUUUUAUCUAAAGAUAAAAGCAUUUAUUCCACUUGACGAAAAAAUCAAACCAUAUAUUGAUGAGCAAGUAAUAUUUAUAACUGGAAAAUUUGUCACAUGUGAAGGAUGGUAUUCG